AUGAAAUUUGAAAGAACUUUCAAAUGGGCAAGUCACAUCAAAAUCCUUGACUUUAAGCACCGCGACGUAUUGGAAUAUGCCAUAAGCGAGAAACGCAAAUCAGGAAAAUUGUUCUCCACCUCCAAUCCUGCUAUUAUUAAAUCCAAAGAAAAACGCGAGGAACUCGUCAAGAUCAUGGAAAUUGAAGAUUUCUUCCAAAAUUACACCAGUUUUAAUAUGACAAACGAAUUCAACAGAUUGAGAAACUCUAGAAUCAGCUUGGAGAACUACUUGGAAUUUAUCAUGAGCCAACAGCAUCUUAAGGAUAUCUUAAUCUACUUUAAGAUCCCAAAAGAUAUCUUUACAGAGUUUCCUCUUGAAAAGCACUUGGAAUCCAUCAAAAACGGACUCACUAAGUUAUCCAAAGAACUUGAUACUAUUACACAGUCAUCCAAUGAACCAGAUAAGGAUUUGAUCAUAAUCAGGGAAAACUUAAAAGGGGCCCCCAACCACUUGGUUAUUUUUAAUAAGAAGAUCUGCCUUAACUCAAACUUCAUCCCAAACCCUCAGGAUACAGGCUCUGAUAUCUUCAAGAAGGACAGAAAUCUUUUAAUUGAAUAUCUUAACAUCCACCUUAAAGUUACAGUUGGAAAUUAUACCUACACGCCAGGGUCUUUGUUAAACACAAUGAAUAAGGAAUCCCAUUUAAUUGAGAUUGAAAUGAAUUCCGAGUUUACUGAAUUUAACCGGGAAAAACUUCUUGACCAUGUCUUCAAUGAAUCCGGAAUUGAUCCAUCAUCCUUCUUUCCAAUCAACACCGUUCACUUUACGGAAGAAGCUAGCAAAGCUGCCAGUAUUGUCACUUAUGGUUAUAUUGAAAUUGACUCAGGAAAAUCCCUUCCACUCUUCAAUGACAAAAAUUUCCGCUCCAGAGUCAUCACGAAAUGCGUCCACUGCACUGCAUGUGGUUCCCGUGAACACACUCGUUUUGACUGCAAGACGUCAUCUUGUGCCAUUUGCAAGAAAUUAUCCCAUAGGGCAAAAGAUUGUUAUUUCAAAAAGCAACAAAGAGCACCUAUUGUGAAUCCGGAAGAUCCAGAAAAACACUCUCCGAAACAAAAUUCUGGAAAAGCAGUCAAACCAAACCACAAAUUAAACUAUGGUUUUCAGACUGUCGAAAAAAGAAAAAUAAAACUGAAUAAACCGGCUACUCCAGAAUAUUCUAAACCACAUUCAAACCCUUUCGACUUAUUGGCAAAUGAAGAAGAAAAUGUUGAUGAUUCAAUUAUUGAUGAGGACGAUACUUUGGAAAAGAACUACCCAUCCAAUGAGGAAGAUGCUUUAGAGGAAGGCCUCUCUACUGAUGCAGACCAAUCCAUGGACGAACUCGAAACCUCUACAACCCAACACACUGCUACUCUCAGACAUCAAACCAAACCAAUAGAAUUAUUGUCCAAGAAAGGUAAAUCUAAGAAGCACGCCAAGUUCGCGGCCAUUAGCGCCAUCAAGCUGGCCCAUAUUAGCAAGGUCUCCAAAAAGAUCCUCGCCUCACCUUCAUCCCACCCUCAGGUCCGUGUUUCUCGCAGACAUCAAGAAGUAAACUCACAACAUCAUACUACUUCUUCUGCUGCCAACAUUCCUCCUUCACCUACCCCUGCCCGUGAUACUGUCACUUCCUCGGCUCUGGCCACUUCUUCUAUCCCUGCUUCUGCCCCUGCUUCUGCCCCUGCUUCUACCUUGCUAAUAUGGGCCAGCUUGAUGGCGCUAAUGGCCGCGAACUUGGCGUGCUUCUUUGAUUUACCUUUCUUGGACAAUAAUUCUAUUGGUUUGGUUUGA